GUCAUUCAAAAAAUGGAGCGCUGAACUGCCAAGAGAUGGAGUGCACACUGGUCACCGGAUCAGUGGCAGCUGGUCCCAGGUGCUAUUUUCACUCCACAUAAAGUGAUGGGAACCCACUGCCUGCCAUGGAUCACACUCAGUCCCAGCCCAGCCCAGGUACGGAAUGAAGUCCACAGGGAGCGAGAGGGCAGGACACCCCGACUGCGGGGCCUCGGACCUGGACGAGCUGGACAGCGGCAGCGAGAGCUCAGACAAGUCCACCAGCGGCUGCAGCCAGCACAACGGCAAGGGCGCCCGGAGGAGGCGGACGAGGUUGGCGGGCGUGAGCAAGCAGCGCCAGGCGGCCAACGCACGCGAGAGAGACAGAACCCACAGCGUUAACACCGCCUUUACAGCACUCCGGACUCUUAUACCAACAGAGCCUGCCGACCGCAAGCUAUCCAAGAUAGAGACCCUGCGGUUGGCUUCAAGUUACAUUUCUCAUCUGGCAAAUAUCCUGCUCUUAGGAGAAGACUGCCUAGAUGGACAGCCCUGUUUGAAAUAUCAAACUAUCCUUCAAAGCAGCACUCGCUCCAGUAACCCAGCACCUAGGCCAAUAUGCACUUUCUGUCUCGGCAACCAAAGAAAAAUGCUCAGAGAAGGGGAAAAGCACUCAUCUGUUUGACACAGAAACAGUCAAAUGUGAGGGGGAAAGCAGACAGGACUGUACUGAGCAUGGAGAAACUGUGUCUGAGAUACUUUUGUGAACUGAUGUUUACAUUUAAGCAAUAUGUAUUCUUGUACAAAAAGACAAUGUUUAUUUUUUUAAUGACAGAGAUAUGAAACUGCACUUUCCGUUUACAAUGUCAGUGUUUUAAUGACUGUGUUUUGUAAAUGAAACGUGACACUGAAUGGGUAACGCAGUGCCUGGCACAGUAACUAUUUUAGUACCAGAAAUGCUAAACCUCAGCAUCCCAGAGUCCUAAAAGAAAGUCCGGUCUCCCCUGCUUGUCACAUGAUGUAAUCAGAGCUGAGGCUCCCAGUGGUUCCUGUCAAUAGGAUCUGUACAGGCUGCCCUCUCGCCUCGUUCUAAGCCUGUGCCAGCUGGAGACAGGAAUCAUGGCACCUUGUGGCUUCGAAGCAAUAUCUUCAGGCUUCCUUUCUGGGUUAUAUGUUCUCAUACCAGGCAGAUUCUGAACCAAAGUGAAUCAGCAAGCGUCAGGGGAAAAAAAUCAAAGUGCAUGGCUCUAGAAAAACAGGUCAGAAUCAGCACCUCAAUCGUCAGACAUUCACGCUGAAAAGAAGCCUUUACCAUUUCAGAUCAAUACAAAAUGAGGGUAGGGAGAGCACUUAGAACACACCUAAAGAUAAAUUUCAUAUUAACCUUUCUUAUUACAACAUUUUCUAAAUCCCUCACUACUGCUUAUGGCAAUGAAACAGCAUUUUUGUCUUUCCACCUUCACACCCAGGAGUCUGUCACAGAAAUACUUGAACGUAAAAAUGACCUGUUGGUUCCUCCUACCUUAUAGACUAAAGUUACUCCAGCACUUUAAGAAUCUUGACAGUCACUACUUUCACUGACUGACUGGAAGGACAAAAUGUAAUGACUGUAAAAUGCAGAUUUAGAUACUGUAAAUUGUAGAUGGGCAAUUUUCUACAUUUUUAAAUUAUGAAUUAUGAAUCAGUAGCCUUCUACAAAACAAAACAAAAAUGUAUUUUACCAAGAUAAAAAACGUUUUGGGGGGGUAUUUUUAAAAUGGUUUUCUUUAGAGCAAAAUGUUAUCCCAGGCUUCUAUAAGUAGCUUAAUAAUACGUUUAUUGCAAAUAUAGUGAGAUGCUUUGGGUAAAGCAAAGAGAAACAAAUGUGUUUUUAUUGCAUAAUUUGAGUUUGCAUUGGAGAAGAAAGCAUUGAAUGUUGUCCUUAUUUAAAAAAAAGGAAGUUGCAUCAUUGGUUAUGUGAUAUUUGUAACUGUGUCUGAGAAAUCUUCAAAAACUUACUAUCCCUAAUAAUAUCAUAUAAUAUCACUUGCUGAAAAUGAAAGCAUCACUUGUAAAUUUGCUUUCAUUUUCUGAUCAAACAGUUUGUGAAGGAAGUUAUUGUUCAAUGAUAGAUCUAAGAAGAAAAUUAUUUACACACAGAGUACAGGGUUCAUUAAUGUGGCCUGUACAAUUAACUUCAUAUCGUUCGAACUUUUGUUUGAUUUCUUUGUUUAGGAAAAAUAUUUUCUGAUAUUUUAUGUGAAUCAAGAUCUACUUUUUUCUCCUUAGAAGUACAUGUACAUGUCUGCAUCAUUAUAUACAGUAUAACUACAGGUAUAGUACAUGUUAUACAUUUUAUUACUGUUUCAUUGGUUGAAUAACUCACAAAUUUACCUCAGUAAAAAAUUCUGAAUACAUUUAAAAUAUUCUAUUAAAGCACUAAUGCAAUUUUUACCUCUAACCAUUUUUAACUGUUUAGUUUUUGAAAGCAUACUUGAAUUUCUCCUUCACUCCAUAAUAGAAUACUUUGCACUUAGUAAAUAAUUGUGCUGCUAUAACAUGAUUAUGUGUAUUUUUGUACAAAAUCUAAGAAUUGUAUAAGAUAACUUUAGUAAUAAAUUUUGAAA